AUGGCUGCUGCCGCCGGCCCGGGCGGCGCUGGCGGCGCCGGAGCGGUCCACGGCUGCAGCCCGGCAGGCUUCACCUUGGACUCGGGGUUCGAGAUCAAAACUCGCUCGGUGGAGCAGACCCUGCUGCCGCUGGUUUCUCAGAUCACCACACUCAUUAAUCAUAAAGAUAAUACCAAAAAGUCUGAUAAAACUCUGCAAGCAAUUCAACGUGUAGGACAAGCCGUCAAUUUGGCUGUUGGAAGAUUUGUUAAAGUUGGAGAAGCAAUAGCCAAUGAAAACUGGGAUUUGAAAGAAGAAAUAAACAUUGCCUGUAUUGAAGCUAAGCAAGCAGGAGAAACAAUCGCAGCCCUGACAGAUGUAACCGACCUGAGUCAUGCAGAACCUCACAACCAGAUCACAGUGUUUACGGACAAAACAGGAGUCAUAAAGGCCGCUCGACUGCUUCUCUCUUCAGUCACAAAAGUGCUGCUGCUGGCAGACCGAGUAGUCAUUAAACAGAUAAUCACAUCAAGAAAUAAGGUUCUUGCCACUAUGGAAAGGCUCGAGAAAGUGAAUAGCUUUCAAGAGUUUGUCCAAAUAUUCAGCCAGUUUGGGAAUGAGAUGGUGGAAUUUGCACAUCUAACUGGAGAUAGACAAAAUGAUUUGAAAGAUGAAAAGAAAAAGGCAAGAAUGGCGGCAGCGAGGGCAGUUCUCGAGAAAGGCACGAUGAUGCUUCUCACAGCUUCCAAGACAUGUCUCAGGCAUCCCAACUGUGAAUCCGCCCAUAAAAACAAAGAAGGAGUGUUUGAGCGCAUGAAAGAGGCACUGGAUAAGGUCAUUGAGAUUGUGACUGACUGUAAACCCAGUGGAGACACGGAUACUGCAUCUGCCAGUAUUUUUACAGGAAUCAAAGAGUUGAAGAUGAACCUUGAAGCUCUUCGGGACAAUCCCUAUUUCCAGUCCAAGGAGAGCCUGUCUGUGACACUGGAAGUUGUCUUGGAGCGCACAGAGGACUUCACUGAUUCUGCCUACACCAGCCACGAGCGCCGGGAGCGCAUCUUGGAGCUGUCAACUCAGACGAGAGCCGAACUGCAGGAGUUUGUGUCCGUGUGGAUUCAAGCUCAAAGCCGGAAAACAAAAAGCAUGACUGAAGAACUGGAACUCAGUAUGUUGAAAAUCAGUCACAGUCUCAAUGAACUUAAGAAAGAACUUCACAGUGCAGCGAUGCAGCUGGCGGCAGACCUAGUCAAAUACCAUGCUGACCAUGUGGUUUUACAAGCAUUAAAACUUACUGGAGUAGAAGGAAAUUUAGAAGCUUUGGCUGAAUAUGCCUGUAAACUCUCUGAACAGAAAGAACAGCUUGUUGAGACCUGUCGACUGCUGCGGCAUGUAUCUGGAACAGAGCCUCUGGAAAUAACCUGCAUCCAUGCAGCAGAGACAUUUCACGUGACCGGCCAACAGAUUAUUUCUGCUGCUGAAACACUAACAUUACAUCCAUCUAGUAAGAUUGCUAAAGAAAACCUAGAUGUAUUUUGUGAAGCUUGGGAAUCUCAAAUUAGCGACAUGUCCAUGCUCCUGAGAGAAAUCAAUGAUGUCUUUGAAGGAAGACGAGGAGAGAAGUAUGGCUACCUUUCACUCCCAAAGCAAAUGAAGAACAAUGCAAACCUGAAGUCAUUGAAGCCCGAGAAGCCUGACUCGGAGGAACAAGCUAAGAUAGCAAAACUUGGACUUAAGCUGGGUUUGCUCACCUCAGAUGUCAACUGCGAGAUUGAGAAGUGGGAGGAUCAGGAGAAUGACAUAGUUCAAAAUGGACGGAACAUGUCCAAGAUGGCCUACUCUCUGUAUUUAUUUACUAGAGGAGAGGGGUCACUGAAAACAUCCCAGGAUUUAAUUCACCUCCUAGAGGUUCUUGCUGCAGAGGGAUUAAAGUUUACAUCAAGUAUACAAGCCUUUUCAAAACAGCUCAAAGAUGAUGACAAGCUGAUGCUCCUCCUGGAAAUAAACAAGCUAAUUCCUCUGUGUCACCAGCUACAGACAGUAACUAAGGCAUCUUUGCAGAACAAAGUGUUUCUAAAGGUUGACAAGUGCAUUACAAAAAUAAGAUCCAUGAUGGCUCUUGUGGUCCAACUUCUCUCACUCUGCUAUAAGCUGAUGAAGAAGAUGGAAAGUAACAGAUGGAUCUCAGUUACAAAUAAAGACACCAUGGAUGGUAAAACUUGAGAAGCUCUUGAGCCAGGUCUCUGGAAUGUCAUGUGGCACGGCUGACUUUUUUUUUUUUUUUUUUUUUAAAGAAAGGAAACGGUCCUUUUUAUUUCUCAGAAUUCAUCAGUUUCAUGAAGAAAAUAUUGAACUCUAGCUUUAUUUUGUGAUCUUCAGACUGGGAACCUUUCUGACAGCUAAUAAAUGCCAUGUAGUUGCUAGAAUUCUAAUUGCAGUGCAAUUUUAAAACAGGACAUUGCAGUAAUGUUCUUUAAAUGUUAAACCAAAUAUCCCAACUGUCUUUGUGACAAAUGAAACCCAAAGAAGAUUUUGAAUGUAUUAACUUGGCAUAUUCUACUUUGUUUUCCUUAUUUAAACUGAUCAUCUAUAACACUAAUUUCCACAGAAGUAUACAAGGCUUUGGUUGACUGCAGGGUUUUUCUUGAACUUGUGGACUCUUCAGUCCCUGUUGAAGUGGACAAAGACCUCUAGGAUUCCUUGUCAAGUUUACCCAUGCUGUAGCAAGGUUGUUUUCUAAUGAGCAUCUCACAGAGUGAGGGUUGUUAGGCUGCCUGUGUCCCUCUUUUUCCCUGAAAGCAGUAGUGGAACUCACUCCACAGAACCCUGGAGCAACCUCAGAAGAAAUGGUGACCUUUGAAUUCCAGUCAUAGCAUAGCUGACCAGGUGGCCCUGAAUACUGGCUGGAAUCUAAGCAUUUGUUAAUGGUUUAAAAAAGGCUUUGAGAUAUCCUCAGUAUUGAUGAAACAGCAGAUACAAAAGACCGAACACUGAAAUCAAGGAGCUAUUUAAAUUCUGGAUAACACACUGUACUCUAAUGUGGCAUUGGAAUGUACAUUAUAAAAAUAAACAUCUUUAGUCUUUUUUAA